AUGUACUUUGAGAAAAGGCUGUCCGGUGUUGUUAAGAGGUUUCAUUUUAGUCCGUUAUACUCGCACCAUAUUCUUACAGAUUAUAGGAAACGUCCACAGAAUCGGCAUGUAUUCACGCUUCAUAACUAUAACACUUAUUUGCGUUCUGAUCAUUUUGGACUUGAAGAAUUACCCACGGCGGACUUUUUGUUUCUGCCAUUUGUCCACGAUGAUCAUUGGUGGUGUUAUUCAGUUAAAUUGAGGUCAAUGGAGAUUUUUGUGAUUGAUUCAUUGGGGAAGGGGAUCAGAGACCGCAAAAGGAUAGACACAGCCGUUGCUGAAAAUAUGGCACGGUUUUUUUGCAUCCUGAUGAAUAUACCGGAAGGUAGUAUUGGUCCUUUGACAGUUAAACAAGCAAAUAUCCCAUCCCAACCAAACUUACAUGAUUGUGGAGUAAUAAUGUUGAAAGCAAUGGAAAUCUGGGAUGGAGAUGAAAAAUACAACGGGAAAAGCAUGCCUGAAUAUACAACUGUAAGUUGGAACUGUGUGUUUGAUAAUAUUCUUGUAUGUCCUGGUUUCUAAUGUGGAAAAUGUUGGUUUCAGGAGGAGCUGCU